AUGGAGGAUCACCCCGCGUACAGAGAGUCGAACGAGAAAUCUACAGCGGUGGCUGCUGAAAGCGACCUACGCCGCCGUGAUCAUGGAGCCGAGACGGAGCUGCAGAGGCAUCUCUCCACACGCCACGUUACAAUGAUAGCCCUUGGGUCCUCGAUCGGCAUGGGACUGUGGCUAGGCUCCGGAAAAUCUCUUGCUUCAGGUGGACCAGUUGGUAUCUUCCUAGGCUACGUACUCGCCGGAUCAAUGGUCUGGGCCGUCAGUCACUCGAUCGGAGAGCUGGCUGUUUUGUACCCUCUCCCUUCGGCUUUCGUACAAUGGACGAACAAAUUCGUCACACCGUCAGCCGCCUUUGCUCUCGGCUGGGCUUACUGGUUCAACUAUGUCCUCACCGUUGCCAACGAGAUACAAGUCACCUGUGUCGUUAUGGGUUUCUGGACAGACAAGCUUCCAAACGCCGCAUGGAUCACCAUCUUCUGGGCAGUCGUGAUUUUAGCAAACGUCUUCGGCGUAAAAGUCUUUGGUGAAGUUGAGGUUAUCGGCUCAUCGAUCAAAUUUGGCUGGAUCAUCGUAGUCAUCUUCUCAAUGAUAGUCACCUCCGCAGGUGGUGCUCCUGGUCACGGACCGAUCGGCUUCCGUUACUGGAACUCGGACCCAUUUACUCAUGGCUUCAAAGGCUUCCUCUCAGUCAUACCAACAUGCAUCUUUGCCAUGGCCGGCUCGGAGAACUGUGGUUUAGUGGCUGCCGAAACAAAAAACCCCAGGAAAGCCGUUCCUCGCGCGGUGGGCUCAAUCUGGCUGCGCCUAUCACUCUUUUAUCUGCUGGGAGCUGUCAUGGUCUCCAUCAACGUCGAUCCACGCAACAAAGACCUCUUCGGUCAGUCCGGCACCAAUGCCUCUCCAUUCGUAAUUGCCUACCGGGAAGCUGGCCUGCCCGCCCUUGCCCAUAUGAUGAACGCGAUCAUCCUUAUAUCCGUCGUCUCGACCGGCACCAUCUACGUCUAUGGUGGUAGUCGCAACGUUCUCGGACUCGCGCAUCUAAACAUGGCACCGAAGCAGUUCAAGCUUGCCGAUAGUUCAGGUCGUCCCUGGCCAGCUCUAGCCUUAUCGAUUAUUCUCGGUGGCGGUCUCGCAUACCUCAAUGUGAAGAACAGCUCUGCCGACGUCUUUACUUGGCUUUCCAACAUGACGUCGCUAUUUGCACUAUUCGGCUGGGGCAUGAUCUGUCUAGCCCACAUUCGAUUUCGUCACGCAUGGCAUGCACAGGGCCGGUCCGCUUCCGCACUCCCCUGGAAAUCGUGGACGUACCCAUACGGCGCCUGGUGGGGCCUCGUUUGGUGCAUGGUUCUCAUCGUCGUGGAAUUCUACCUAGCGGUGUGGCCUUUGGGCUCGCCUCCUUCUGCAAAGAGCUUCUUCUCGAACUACGUGUCGGUUAUUGCCAUCCUUGUCCUUUAUCUGGGCGCGAGGCUAUACUAUCGGGGCCCGUGGUGGAUUAAGCUAACGGAUAUCGACCUUGAUGCGAACGGGCGAUUCUAUGUCGAUGGUGAGGUAGAGAAGGAGCCUAAGAAAGGUCUACGUGGUAAGGCAGAGAAGGUACUCGGCGUUGUUUUCAAUUGA